ACAUCUGGCCGUUACCAGACGAAGGAGAUGGCGAAGAUAACAAAAUUAGAAGAACAACCAAAGCCAGAAUCUUUUAUGCCGCCCGUCGCCUGAUGCAUUGGCGCCUCCAUGAACAGCCAUUCCAUGUCGGGUGUGUGUGUAUAUAUAGAGUGGUAGAAUGAAGCUCAGAAGUAACAGAGAAGCAAAAUGGGGAGCGGCCGCCACAUCUUGGCCAUUCCUUAUCCAGCGCAAGGCCAUGUAAUCCCCAUGUUGGAGCUCUCUUUGUGCUUGGCCAAACAGGGGUUCGAAAUCACGUUCUUGAACACGGAGUAUAAUCACAAUCGUGUAAUGGGCGCUCUAGCAGGAACUGAACGUGUAAGCGAUGGCAAUAUCCACCUGGUUUCACUCCCCGAUGGCAUGAAGCCUGGGGAGGACCGAAAUGAUCUUGGUAAAUUAACUAACACAAUGAUGCAAGUCAUGCCCUUGAAGCUGGAACAGCUGAUAAACACGAUCGAGGGAUUAGGGGGUCGCGGAAUUACGUGUGUUAUUGCUGAUGAGAAUCUCGGGUGGGCUUUGGAAGUUGCUGAGAAGAUGAGAAUCCGGCGAGUCGCCUUCUGGCCUGCCGCUGCUGCGUUGUUAGCUAUGCAAUUCAGAAUCCCAAAGCUGAUUGAACAAAAACUAAUUGAUUCUGAUGGAACAUUGCUGAAGAGCGAGGAGAUUAUGUUAGCAUCAUCAAUACCCACAACAAGAACAGAAAGCUUGGUUUGGGCAUGUGUUGGUGACAAAGAGACAGAGAAAAUCAUAUUUCAAGUUUGCUUAAGAAAUAACAAAGCAAUAGAAGCGGCGGAUUGGGUUAUCUGCAACACAGUCUAUGAGCUCGAGGCAGAAAUUUUCAGCAUAGCGCCUCGCAUUCUCCCAAUCGGCCCACUUCUGGCGAGCAAUCGACUCGAGAAUUCCGUCGGACACUUCUGGCCGGAAGAUUCAACUUGCCUGAAAUGGCUCGACCAACACUCUCCACGUUCAGUCAUUUACGUCGCAUUCGGAAGCUUCACAGUUCUAAACAACACCCAAUUCCAGGAAUUAGCCUCUGGGCUUGAGGUUACCGGCAAGCCAUUUCUAUGGGUGGUGAGGCCAGACAUUACCGAACAAAACCCUAACAAUGUCUACCCAUUAGGAUUCCAAGAGAGGGUAAAAUCUCGCGGAAAGAUUGUCGGUUGGGCUCCACAACAAAGGGUUCUUAAUCAUCCCUCAAUCGCUUGCUUUCUCAGCCACUGCGGCUGGAAUUCAACCCUCGAAAGCCUCAGCAAUGGCGUCCCGUUCCUGUGUUGGCCGUACUUCGCCGAUCAAUUUCUAAACGAGAGCUACAUUUGUGAUAUCUGGAAGGUGGGGUUGAAAUUGAACAGAGACGAACAUGGAGUGAUCACAAGAACAGAGAUUACAGAAAAAGUGGAGAAGCUCCUCGGAGACGAGGAACUGAAACAGAGAAUCCAAAAACUGAAGAAAACAGUGUUGAAAAGUGCAGAAAAAGGCGGUGGAUCUUACAAGAACUUGAACAAUUUCAUCAACUGGUUGAAAUCAUAACAAAAUGGGUUUGUCACUCUUCACUUGUCCAAUCUGUUUCUCAUUAUUUGCCAUUGAUAUCAAUAUGGUGUUGAAUGUUUUAUGAUUGAAGAUUGUAAGAACUGGGUAUGAAACAUAGAAUCAUAAGAACCAAAGAACAUAUAUAUUAAUUCCUUUACAAAGCUUCUGCUGUUUAUUAAUGAAAAUGGCUGCUCUAGUAUUCUAAUAUUUCAACCUUGGAAGAAAAACAUGAAGAACAUGGCCUCUUUUUCCCCUUCAUUUUUCUUCUUCUAGAUUUAUUUUCAUUCAUAAUUAAAAUUUAAAAAAAAAAAA